UCACAGGUUGAAUCUCAGAAGAACGCACCCGUCGGAGAGUUGAAGUCUCUGAACAGUCUUCGCUCUCCGUCGCUGUCUUGAUCUCGCUGGUUGCAUCAACUCCGGUGGUCUUUUCUGUUGAUUCAGUUCAGAUCUCGUACCUUCGAGAAGGUAGAAUUUCGGCAACCAAUUGGUGGUUCGAUUUUGAUCUGAAUCAUUUAUAAAGCAUGGCUUCCGAGUUGAUAUUCAGAGGGCAUGAGGUUCAGCCAGUGAGCGAAUCGUACUCACCAAAGCCGGAGAAGCCGUGGUUCGGCGUGAUACGUGCGAUUCGGUACGUGCUCCGCGAGCAGCGACUCGUUUUCGUGCUCAUCGGCAUUGCAAUCGCCACUCUGUUCUUCACCAUCACCCCUUCCUCCAAUCCCCGCGCGCCGAUCUCAGACGCGUACAUUUCGUCCGAGUUGUAUCAGUCUCAGUCUCAGCCUCAGCCGUAUCGAUCCAUGUACCAGAACGGCCACUUGACCACCGGCUUCGGAAUCAACUCGAUCGGCAAAAUUCCGCUGGGAUUGAAGCGGAAGGGUUUGCGAAUUUUGGUCACAGGUGGAGCAGGUUUCGUUGGCAGCCAUUUAGUGGAUCGUUUAAUUAACAGGGGAGAUAGCGUGAUUGUGGCCGACAAUUUCUUCACGGGGAGAAAGGAGAACGUGGUGCACCAUUUCGGGAACCCAAACUUCGAGCUGAUCCGACACGACGUCGUCGAGCCGAUCCUCUUAGAAGUCGACCAGAUCUACCAUCUCGCUUGCCCUGCUUCGCCUGUUCACUACAAGCACAACCCCGUCAAAACUAUCAUAUCGAAUGUGGUGGGAACAUUGAACAUGCUGGGAUUGGCCAAGAGAGUCGGUGCACGGUUUCUACUAACAAGCACCAGUGAGGUUUAUGGCGAUCCUUUGCAGCACCCGCAGGUGGAGACCUACUGGGGCAACGUCAACCCAAUUGGUGUCCGAAGCUGUUACGAUGAGGGAAAAAGGACCGCUGAAACCUUGACCAUGGACUAUCACAGGGGUGCUGGCGUUGAGGUUAGGAUUGCGAGGAUCUUCAACACAUAUGGUCCCCGUAUGUGCAUUGAUGAUGGCCGUGUUGUUAGCAAUUUUGUUGCUCAGGCGUUGAGGAAGGAGCCAUUGACUGUUUAUGGUGAUGGGAAGCAGACCAGAAGUUUUCAGUAUGUGUCUGAUCUGGUUGAGGGAUUGAUGAGGCUGAUGGAAGGAGAGCACGUUGGACCUUUCAAUCUUGGCAACCCUGGCGAAUUUACCAUGCUUGAACUUGCCAAGGUGGUUCAAGAUACUAUUGAUCCAAAUGCCAAGAUAGAAUUCAUGCCCAACACAGAGGACGACCCACACAAGAGGAAGCCUGACAUCACAAAGGCGAAGGAUCUGCUCGGUUGGGAACCAAAAGUGCCGUUGCGCAAGGGUCUCCCCAAGAUGGUCUCUGACUUCAGAGAGCGCAUCUUCGGAGACCAAAAACAACUGGUCUCCUCCAAUUCCGGCAGUGAUAAGAAACAAGAUUCGGAUUCCUCUGCAUAACUAAAGUUGGCUCAUAUGUUUAUUCUUUGUUUCCGGUAGGAAUAUGUUUCCUAAUAUGAUAUAAAGCAUAGGCAAGCAAUGAAGCAUGAGCACUCCUUUCAUGCUUUGUUAAACUAGUUCCUCCUAUAGGUUAUUUUGUAUCGUCAUACUUGUUUUGUUGUGCUUACUUACCAUUUGCCUAUCUUCACUGGCCUAGGGACAGAGACAUUUUUCAUUCAA